CUGAUGGCAAGGGAGUGAGGCUUGCGCGAUUCCACCAGCGCGUGGCGUGCCAGUAAUCCAACGUCUAAAGUUAUGGGGUUGUGGAAUAAUGAAUAAUAAAGGCAAAAGCUAAAAGUGUUUUAAAAAUGUUACACUAUUAUAUUUUAUUAUAAUUAUUUUUAAAUAUUGGCAAAAUGGAUAGUGUAGCGACGGCUGAGUGUCUCACGUUGGACUUUGGUCCUUUUGAGACCGUUCAUCGCUGGCAACGAAUGCCGGAAUGUGCUGAAUUUGUUGGAGCAAGGCGUAGCAAACAUACUGUUGUUGCUUAUAAAGACGCAAUAUAUGUUUUUGGAGGCGAUGAUGGAAAGCGAAUGUUAAAUGACUUGCUCCUUUUUGACGUGAAGGAAAAGUCAUGGUGUAGAGCUCUUGCAAACGGUGCCCCACCAGCACCACGAUACCACCAUUCUGCAGUCGUGCAUGAUUCGUCCAUGUUCGUAUUUGGUGGCUAUACUGGCGACAUCCACUCAAAUUCUAAUCUCACUAAUAAAAAUGAUUUGUUUGAGUACAAAUUUCAAACGGGACAAUGGACAGAAUGGAAGUUUGUUGGAAAAACGCCUGUUGCAAGAUCUGCCCAUGGUGCAGCCGUUUAUGACAAUAAAUUGUGGAUAUUUGCUGGCUACGACGGCAACGCACGCCUAAAUGAUAUGUGGACAAUUUCCUUAUUGCCUGGAGAUCUUAGAGUUUGGGAGGAAGUGGUUCAGUCUGGAGAUUGUCCACCGACUUGCUGCAACUUUCCAGUGGCAGUAGCUCGUGAAUCUAUGUUUGUAUUUAGUGGGCAGAGUGGUGCUAAGAUCACCAACAGUCUCUUCCAGUUUCACUUCCGAGAAAAGAGGUGGACGCGAAUUUCGGCGGAACACAUUUUAAGGGGAGCACCACCUCCACCAGCUCGCCGUUACGGGCAUACAAUGGUCAGCUUUGAUCGUCAUCUAUACGUAUUUGGAGGAACUGCCGAUUCAACCUUACCCAACGAUCUCCAUUGCUAUGAUCUUGACACACAAACCUGGAACAUUGUCUUACCUUCUGCUGAUAGUCAGAUACCGUCAGGUCGGCUAUUCCAUGCAGCGGCUGUGAUUGGUGAGGCGAUGUUCAUUUUUGGAGGUACAAUCGACAAUAAUGUUCGAUCUGGCGAGACAUAUCGUUUUCAAUUUUCCUCCUAUCCUAAAUGUACCUUGCACGACGAUUUUGGAAGACUCCUGAAUAAUCGUCUCUUUUGUGACGUUGAAUUUAUCGUGGGCGAAAGCGAGACGAAAAUUCCGGCACAUAUUGCAAUCGUAGUAGCACGAUCGCAAUUUCUCCGAGCUCGAAUAAGGCAGGCUCGCGAACGUCGAGAGAAACACUGCGAAGACAUGUUUGGUACCAUUGAAGCACUAGUAAAAGAUUUGCCUCUCUUAGAAGUGAAGUUAAUCGACGCAGUGCCCGAAGCUUUUGAGAUGGUGUUAAAUUACAUAUACACAGAUCGCAUCGAUCCUACUAAGCGAAUCGAAGAUCCUUUAAGCAACCGGAUUGUCCUUCUCAUGAUGGACGUCUACCGACUGGCUGUGCAGUUCAAUAUGAAACGCCUUGAGCAGCUCUGCGUCCAUUACCUUGAAGCCACCAUAAGUCACGCUAACGUCUUAGAAGUUUUACACAAUGCAGCUCAUCUAAAACUCUACUUUAUUAAGGAAUUCUGUUUGAGUUUUGUGGUGAAGGAAAGCAACUAUAAUCACAUCGUAAUGAGCCAGGAAUUCGAGACUCUGGAUAAGCCUUUGAUGGUUGAGAUUAUCCGACGUCGGCAAAUGCCACAAACCAAGAAUUUUUCUAAAUAUUAUGAAUUAGGCACAGGCACGACAUUGGAACAGGACAUGGAGGCGUUUUUGAAACAUGUUGGACGUGAUUUUUGUGAUAUUACAUUAAUGUUGGACGGAGUUCCGAUUCCAGCGCACAAAUCAGUACUUGCUGCUAGGUGUAGCUACUUUGAGGGAAUGUUUCGAUCAUUCAUGCCUGAAAAUAAUACAGUUAAUAUCCAAAUUGGAGAAAUGAUUCCGUCUUCCGAAUCCUUCGAUUCUCUCCUGAGAUAUAUUUACUAUGCUGAUGUUGCCAUGCCACCAGAAGACUCGUUAUACCUGUUUACCACUCCGGUGUUCUACGGUUUCACGAACAAUCGACUGCAAGCAUUUUGCAAGCAGAACCUAGAGAUGAAUGUGACGUUUGAAAAUGUGAUACAAAUUCUGGAGGCAGCAGACAGAAUGCAGGCUGUCGACAUGAAGAAAUAUGCUUUGAAUUUAACAGUGCUCAAUUUUAGUAAAGUGGCGCGACUACCCAGAUUAAAACAGUUGAAUCGGGGUCUUUUGCUGGAUAUUAUAGAAGCCCUUGCUGAUGAACAAAGUGAGGCACGAACAUGUCAGGAUAUGGCUAACGACUGCUGACAGAUUUCUAUCUUGGUCGAACGAAAAAAAAGGUGGAACAUGUCUCUCUCGAUGGCAUUUCAAAAGUUUUGGACAGUAAAUUUCAUUUUGAUCCAAAGAACGAUUCUCUUCGUAGGCGAAAAUUAUUUGGAUCACUCUGUAUUUUGUGCUCCAGCAGAGAUGUGAGAAUUGUCGCCUUUUCGAAAUAAGCUCUCAGGUAUAACUAGGCAAGUAAGUCCAGUUGCUAGCGAUCACAGAUUUACAAGUACGAAGAAAGAAAUGCGGAUUCUUGAGUAAAUAAUCAGCAAUAUUCUGAUCGGAAAGAAGAACUUCGUCGAACGCUGUAUGCUCUUUCAUCAAGUUUCACUUAAAGCAUCAUUUAUCCAUCUACCGGCAAUGUUGCAGAAAUAGAAGCUUCUACUUUCAACACAUUUAGAGGUAAUCUCAGGAACGUUGUAGGCGAAAAUAUCAGACCGACUCAUAUAAAUUUGAGUGAAUUAUAUCAGUCUCUAUUUGAAUGUUUUCGUUUCUAGAAAUUGCCCAAAAGAUUUGGGUCCAUUUUUAUAUUUUAAAUUAUUGCGGUCCAACCUUGAGGAUUCCGAAACACGAAAGGCAGUUAAGAAAAGUUUAACUGUCAUAAAGUCUUCAUAAAAGUAAUCCUUUUUUACACUACAAAUUUUUGUUUAUUUAUUUACAUGCAUAUAUUUAUUUGUGACGAUCUAUUUAUUUAUAUAUUCACAUAUCUGUUGUAAUGUGUUUGACAUGUUGUCCGUAAGCACGUACGAAUCAAGAAAUUUAAAAUAUAUUUUGCAUAUAACAUUUUGAAAAUAGCUUUGAUGCAAUCAACACAUUUUUGCGACUCCAGGCAUAUAUUAUUUUUCAAAAUAAAAGUUGCAAACUUUACAAGCAAUGAAUUCUAAAAUAGAUUGUUUCAUAUAUUUACGUUAUUGAAAUUUCAAGCAUUUUAAAAUAAAUUACAUGUGUCUGGAUCGACUUUGUGUUAAACAAUAUCCUUAAUUUAAUUAUUACUGCAGUUGGCUGAUUUUAGUAAUAGAUCUUACAUACACCAUGAAUUAUAUCAAUUUUUGGUAGUACUUCUUUUGCAUUUUAAACUUAUAAAACGAAGAUUGCGAAUUCUUCAUUUUAUUUAAAUAUACAAAAAAAAUACUCCAAAUAACUUCUUCCCAGGGCUUUAAAUUUAUUUUUAUAUGCACAAGGCAAACGUCACUAAUUUUUGAAAAUCAUUUUUAAGCCCUAUCCCAUUAUUUCAGUGGAGUGGCGUGGGUAGCUGAAAAUCUCAGAUAAGAAAACUAUCUGAGAGAUCUUUUAAAUAAGUACAAUAGUUUAUUUAUAAGUAGUAAUAAGUAUUAUCCAAAAUGAAUUCAAGUCCAGGGAUGUAGUCAGUCAGUUUUAUGAUACAAAUUGUUAUAAUCGAAGGAAAGUUAAUUUAAAGUUAAGAAAAUUCAAUUUAAAAUUGGUGAAAAUGUGAAAAAUAUUCGUAAAUUCGUGUUUUAAAUGGUAAAAAUAAUAUUAUUUACGGCUUACAAAACGCUUGAAGUUAAAGAUGCAGAGAAUCCAAGUUGAUUUACUUACCAUUAAUACUCCUUAGGCAAUCCGACCAGACUUCCUACACAGAACAUCCAAGGCGGUGAGAUUUGAAUCGCACUAGGUACAUAAUCUGGAAUGGGAUCCCUUCUAGAAAUAAUCGAUUGGACAAGAUUAAUAACGAUUAAGAGUAAUCAGAAGUUGAAUCGGUUUAAAUGGUUGCUAAUUGUGUAAAUUGUUUCCAGUCGGAUUGAAUUGAGUAAAUGUACGUGUCUGCAAUACGCUCUCUGCAGUUUUCGUUUGUAACACACAUGACGCGCACGUGUUUAUUGGUUAGAUAUUAAAUUUUGAGUAAUUUAACAUAAUUAUAAUGUUUAGGCGGUAUACCG